UUACAACUAGAACCUUUGCGCAUAAUAUUAUGUUAUGUAAAAUGUGUUUUGCUAGGGCAGACACGAUUUAAGAAGGGCAACUGCACCGUGACAUCCCGGUACAUGCGAAGCUCGUACAUGGAAAUGUUAUUUAUUUGACUAAAAAAUCUAUUAACACCAGAAUGAGCAUUUUAAUAGGUGGAGGAAGUGGUUUUGUUGGAGGAGAGCUGGCCAAAGUUCUUGUUAAAAAUGGGUUGAAAGUGAUAUUGGUGUCCCGAUCUGCUGGUUCUAAUAAAAUAACCUGGAAAGAUUUAGAAAAAAAUGGCUUGCCAAAAGACUGCAGUGGAGUUGUUAGUAUGGCUGGUGAAAAUAUUUUAAAUCCAUUUAAAAGAUGGAAUGAAGAUUUUAUAUCGGAAGUAAGAUCAAGCCGUAUAGAUACAACCAAGACACUGGCACAAGCCAUAAUGCAAGCAGAAAAUAAACCAAAAGUAUUUGUUUCAAUGUCUGGUGUAGCUUAUUAUAAACCAGAUGAUAUUAAAGAAUAUACAGAAGAAAGCAGUGGUGGUGAUUAUGAUUUUUUAUCAAGAUUAACAACUGAGUGGGAAGCAGCAGCUAAAUUACCAGACUCUUGUAAUGUUAGACAAAUAGUUGUUAGAACAGGUGUUGUUCUGGGAAGAAACGGUGGAAUGAUUAAACAAAUAUACCUACCGUUUUACAUGGGCGCUGGAGGAAAAAUUGGAUCAGGUUUACAGUGGUUUCCAUGGAUACAUGUAUCUGAUGUAGCAGGAAUAUUUGCAUAUGCAAUUCAGAAUGAAAAUGUUAGAGGGGUUUUGAAUGCAGUGGCUCCAAAUCCUAUUACUAACUCGCAGUUCACAUCAUCCUUUGCUGGUGCCAUGUGGCGACCAUCUAUAUUUCCUACUCCAGGAUUUAUGAUGAAUGCCUUAUUUGGAGCAGAAAGGGGUAAAGUUAUUUUAGAAGGACAGAAGGUUUUACCCAAAAGAACUUUAGAUUCUGGAUAUAAAUUUAAGUAUCCAGAUAUAGAUUCAGCAUGUAAAGAAAUUGUGUGUUAGUUUUAAUAAAUAAAAUCAAAGACUGUGACGAAUUAACUCCUUACCGAAAGUACUGCCGAUGCGUGAAAGAAUCCCGGUACAGUGCAGGCAAGAUCGGAUCUCUGUGUUAUAGUUGCUGACCAAAAGUAAAAUAAUAAAGUAAAGGCAAUAUUCCCCAAGCAACGAAUUUGACAAGACUGUAUAGUAGAAGUAGAGUAGUUUUAAUCCAGGGCACAUGCCCUUUAUCAACAGGUUACAAAAAUAAUCCUGUUACCUGCUAUAGAUAUGAUGUGUGGUUGUGUUUGAGUAGUGGAAAUGUGCUUUUGAUGUAAUUUACUGACAGUUAAUUAUUCAGUGGACAUUAGAUAUAAAUUAUUCUUGACAUAAUUAGAACUUUACUUAUGAUUUGAUCUUGAGAUUCCUGUUCAGGUUUAUACACCCACACCUUUUAUGUGCGUAUAAAGCAGUUGCCCUGUCUGUCCACACUUGUUUGUCCGCCACAAUUCUUGACAAAUCUUUUAAAAAUUUUAGGUAAUGAUUCUUAUGAGUAGACAUCAAUAGGGAUUUAAUUUUAACGCAAUCACUUUUUGCAUUCCUGAAUUAUGACUCUUAUGAGUAGUUGAUAACUGAGAUUGAAUUUGAGAGCUAUCACCUUUUUAUGCAGUUAUGGCCCUUUAAUUAGCCUAAUUGAGAAUCUUUUUCUUAACUAAGGAUAAUGAUUUUUAGGAGUAAAAAUUGAAUUUGAAUGCAAUCGCUGCUUUUGUUCCAGAGUUAUGGCAUUUUGCUUGUCCACCGUCAAGAGGCCACAAUUUUUCCUUUCAGGUAAUCUUCCAUGCUGUCUGUGGCUACAUGUAUCUUUCUUUUUUUUUGAGACAAAGCUAGAUGGAGAUAUUUCCACACUUUGCGUGGCUGUCUUACAAAUUCCCAUUCAGUUGAAAAGGAAUUUUGUGAUUGAUCCCAUUUUUGAACCAUUAUUAGCCCAUGUGCGUAUACAAGGGGUAUUUCAGGACCCCACGACCAUAUCCUUAACGUUUGUGAGGAACUGGUUCAUAAUUGUCUAGCAAGAAUUUUAUAAAUUGUCAGCUACUUCAUAUUGAGUGUUAACAUCAUUUGACAAGAAACUACAAGUAUUACAUUAUCGGACACAAGGGUCUUCUGGAACACCCCGCCCCCCCCCCCCCCCUCCAUUUCAAAACUUUGCUGGUUAAAAGUGUUUAAACUGUAAAGCACUCGGUGCUCACUUUGUCUUUCAAAUCUUUCUUACUGAUGAUAUUGUGUUGGUCAUUCUAGUAAUCUAGACCUGAAAGCAAAUCAAGGUACCCUACCAACCUCAUCAAAAGAGGAUUCUACAUGGAAAAAACAAUUAAGUUAUUUGUAGAUUAGUAUGGUUUCCAAAAUACCUUAUCAUUCAUAUCGUCCCUGUUAAUACCUCAAAUAUUUCUUUCUUACUCUGAUUAUUAUUCAGUCUUUAUAUGAAGCUGUAGUUUGUUCGUAUGUGAAUAAAAUUAUGCAUCCAAAAACCAA